CCGCUGGUGGCGCUGUGCUAUGUUUGCCACUCACACUGUCAAACAAUAAACAAAAAAAAUUGCCUCCAAAGGACGUGCCGCUCUGACCAGAAUUUAUAGGAAAGAUAAUAACAGAACAAGGAAAAUGCGAUCCAGAACGACAGGAGGCUCCGCCGGCUCACAGGCAGCUUCGCACAUUGGUAGCAAAGCUCCAACGCGCCUCUCUGCCGCACAAAGCCGCAAUUCUGGCGCCAGUGCACCACCCAAGGAAGGAGGCGUGCGGCAACGAACCUUUCCGCCAAAAAACGACUACGAGAAGUUCUAUGAAAAUGUUUUUCUUGGCGACGAGAGUGAUCCGGAGAGUCAUGAAACGUCAAACUCUCAGCAGUCGGGGCCAUCAAGGAAGCGGCCGUUUCACACAGUGGCAAGCGACGAGGCUUCUCGGCCGAAAGUCGGUCGCCCUCGUAAGAUUCCCACCCUCGUGGAACCCUAUCCAGAACAGCCAAAGGACGCGUGCAUCCGGCAGAUCAACGGAGAUCCAUUACCGGUCAAACGCGAGUUCGUCCACCAAGCCACUACUUAUGCACGUUGUAGGACUGAUACAUUAGGGCAUCAGCUUUAUACAAAGACUGAAAGGCACGUUUGGAAAAAGGAGGCCAUUCAAAUGUUCCUUCAGCUGUGGGCGCAGCAUAUAAAGGACCUUCGGGGUACGACGAAAAACUGCGUUGUCUACCGAGAAAUGGAGAAGCAGAUGACCGAGUUUGGACCAAGCCACUUUGAAAUUAAAACUAAAAUGGACAAUAUGUCCCGAAAAUAUCGGCUAGAAGCAGAGAAAGUAAGAGAAACUGGCCAGCCAUCAAAUUGGGAAUAUUUCCAUAGAAUACAAUCCCUGUUGAUUGGAACUAAAUCCGUAGAUGUUUUUGAGGAAAUAAUGUUCGAAAACAAAGUGCCAACCAAUUUAUCGCCUGAACUAGAAUCGGAUGAUGAAAUGGAUUUGGAUUCUAUAAAAGAAGAAGUAGAUGUAGAUCAGUCCGUUAAUGAGGCCCACAAUUUCAACGAUGCGCAUGAAAGCAGCUUAGAAAGAAGUCUUCAGAAUUCACCUGAGCCAUCCCCUGAACUCCAAGAGCCCGCUGAUGAAGAUGAAGAGGAAGAGGAGGAGCAGGAGCAAGAGGCAGCGCUCGAUCUGGAAGAUCAGUAUGAAGACGAUCUCCCAGAACGUCGUCCGGAAAAAGACUUUGCGCGCUCGCAUGCAAUGAAGUAUCGUUCGAACCGGCUGUUACAAAUAGAAGAGGAGAAAUUGGCGAUCGAACGAGAAAAGCUACAAGUUAUGAAGGAUGCGCUUAAAGAACUCGCUUCAUUCCACAAAGAUCUAAUGGGGUUAUUCAAACAAAAAAGGACGUAAUCCUAAAAUUUAUUUUUAAAAACCUUGUUUUUUAUUAGAAAUGUUUCUACUUGACUAAUUAUGUGAAAUAAACUUCCUAAUUAUACAUA